AUGGUGAGCCAGCUAGUUUGGCAGAGGGCUGCUGCCUCCCGCAGGCUGGCCGCGCGCCUGUCCCCACAACCCUUUACCCGUGGUCUGGCCACAGAAGCCUCCUCCUCGCGUAUGCCGCCAUAUCCCAAGAUUGUCCGAAACCUCGAGCAAGUCCGUAAGGUUCUGGCUUCCGAUCGUGCCCUGACCCUGGCCGAGAAGAUUUUGUACGCCCAUUUGGCCAACCCUGAGGAGUCAUUGCUCACCGGUACCAACAAUGGCCGUGAUAUCCGGGGUAAUGCCAACCUGAAGCUGAAGCCCGAUCGUGUGGCCAUGCAGGAUGCUUCAGCCCAGAUGGCUCUGCUUCAGUUCAUGUCCUGUGGUCUUCCAUCCACCGCUGUGCCUGCUAGUAUCCACUGUGACCACAUGAUUGUUGGUGAGCGUGGUGCCGAUACUGAUCUGCCGGCCUCCAUCAAGGGUAACAGCGAGGUCUUCGACUUCCUGGAGAGCGCUGCUAAGCGAUACGGUAUUGAGUUCUGGCCUCCGGGUGCUGGUAUCAUCCACCAGAGCGUGUUGGAGAACUACGCCGCUCCUGGUCUCAUGAUGCUUGGUACUGACAGCCACACCCCCAACGGUGGUGGUCUGGGUGCCAUUGCCAUUGGUGUUGGUGGUGCCGAUGCUGUCGAUGCCCUGGUUGAUGCUCCCUGGGAGUUGAAGGCGCCUAAGAUUUUGGGUGUCCGUCUCGAGGGCAAGCUGAGCGGCUGGGCCUCUCCUAAGGAUAUCAUCUUGCACCUUGCGGGUAAGCUUACCGUGCGUGGUGGUACUGGCUAUGUGGUUGAAUACCACGGCCCUGGUGUUGAGACCCUGUCUUGCACUGGUAUGGCUACCUGCUGUAACAUGGGUGCUGAAGUGGGUGCUACUACUUCGCUCUUCCCCUUCUCUCCUAGCAUGAUUCCUUACCUGGAGGCCACUCACCGUGGUCAUGUCGCUAAGGCUGCUGCUGAGAUUGCCGCUUCCGGUCCUAAGAACCUGCUGCGGGCUGAUGAUGGUGCUGAAUACGAUCAGCUCAUCACUAUCAACCUGUCUGAGCUGGAGCCACACAUCAACGGUCCAUUCACUCCUGACUUCUCAGUUCCUCUCUCCAAGUUCGCCGAUACUGUCCAGGAGAAAAACUGGCCUAAGACUUUCGGUGCUGGUCUGAUUGGUAGCUGCACCAAUUCCUCUUACGAGGAUAUGACCCGCGCGGAGGACCUGGUUAAGCAGGCCGCCGCCGCUGGACUGAAGCCCAAGGCGGACUUCUUCAUCACCCCUGGUAGUGAACAGAUCCGGGCCACUCUUGACCGUGACCAGACUCUGUCUACUUUCUCCGAGGCCGGUGGUAUUGUUCUUGCCAACGCCUGCGGUCCCUGCAUUGGCCAGUGGAACCGUACUGACGAGACUCCCAAGGGCGAGGACAACGCUAUCUUCACCUCUUACAACCGUAACUUCCCUGGUCGUAACGAUGGUAACCGCCGUACCAUGAACUUCCUCGCUUCUCCUGAGGUGGUCACUGCCCUCGCCUACUCCGGCACCACCACUUUCAACCCCAUGACUGAUUCCCUGACCACCCCCAGCGGCGAGACCUUCAAGUUCCAGCCUCCCUCUGGCUUUGACCUGCCCAGCGCCGGUUUCGAAGCCGGUAACCCCGACUUCCAGCCUACCGCCGCUGUGCCCGAUGCCAGCGUUGAUGUCGUUGUCUCCCCCACCUCAGACCGUCUGGCUCUGCUCGAGCCAUUCGCCCCCUUCCCCGAGGGUGAUAUCUCUGGCCUGAAGGUCCUGUACAAGGUUCAGGGCCAGUGCACAACUGACACCAUCUCUGCUGCUGGACCUUGGCUCAAGUACAAGGGUCACCUGCCCAACAUCUCCGCUAACACUCUCAUUGGUGCUGUCAACGCCGCCACCGGCGAGACCAACGUUGCCUACGAUGAGGAUGGCAGCCAGCACGGUAUCCCCGAGCUUGCCGAGCAGUGGAAGAACAAGGGUGUCGAAUGGCUCGUUGUCGCUGAGGACAACUACGGUGAGGGUUCCGCCCGCGAGCACGCCGCUCUGCAGCCUCGUUUCCUCGGUGGUCGUAUCAUUGUUUCCAAGAGCUUUGCCCGUAUCCACGAGACCAACCUGAAGAAGCAGGGUGUUGUCCCUCUCACAUUUGCCAACCGUGAGGAUUACGACCGUAUCGAUGCCUGUGAUGUCGUCGACACUGUUGGUCUGUACGAUGUUCUGAAGGCCGGUGGCCAGGGUGAUAUCCAGCUGCGUGUUACCAAGCGCAAGACUGGUGAGACUUUCGUCAUCCCCACCAACCACACUCUUAGCAAGGACCAGUGUGGAUUCAUUCUUGCUGGUAGUGCCUUGAACUUGCUGGCCAAGAAGGCCCAGGGUAACUAA